AUGAAGGUGCUACCCGCCUCUGGCCUUGCUGUCCUUGUCACAGCUCUAAAGUUUGCCACCGCAGUCCCCACCCUAUUUGCAGCCACCCCUAGGACCUUCAGGAGCAGCUACCACCUCGCACAGGACUACCUUGACAAGUAUUACACACACAAAGGAGGCCCCCAGGCCGGUGAGAUGGUGGCAAGACAAGGCAACCCCAUGGUCAGGAAGAUUAAGGAGCUGCAAUCUUUCUUUGGCCUCCAAGUCACUGGGAAGUUGGACCCGACUACGAUGAAUGUGAUCAAGAGGCCUCGCUGUGGCGUUCCUGAUGUGGCCAACUACCGCCUCUUCCCAGGUGAACCCAAAUGGAAAAAAAAUAUUUUGACAUACAGAGUCUCUAAGUACACACCUUCCAUGAGUCCUGCUGAGGUGGACAAGGCUGUGGAGAUGGCCCUGCGUGCCUGGAGCACCGCCGUCCCUCUGAACUUCGUUAGGAUAAACUCUGGGGAAGCAGAUAUCAUGAUAUCUUUUGAAACUGGAGAUCACGGGGAUUCCUACCCAUUUGAUGGGCCUCGAGGGACUCUGGCCCAUGCGUUUGCACCUGGAGAAGGCUUGGGAGGAGACACGCACUUCGACAAUGCUGAGAAGUGGACUAUGGGGAUGAACGGGUUCAAUUUAUUCACCGUCGCCGCUCACGAAUUUGGCCAUGCUCUAGGCCUGGGCCACUCCACCGACCCAUCAGCACUUAUGUACCCAACUUACAAGUACCAGAACCCCUAUAGGUUCCAUCUGCCCAGGGACGAUGUGAAAGGAAUUCAAGCACUGUACGGACCCCGGAAGACAUUCCCAGGAAAGCCCACCUUGCCCCAUAUCCCGCCUCACAAGCCUUCCCUCCCUGACCUCUGCGACUCCAGCUCAUCCUUCGACGCCGUGACAAUGCUGGGAAAGGAACUUCUGCUCUUCAAGGACAGGAUUUUCUGGAGAAGACAGGUGCACUUGGCAGCAGGAAUUCGGCCCAACACCAUCACCAGCUCCUUCCCCCAGCUCAUGUCCAACGUGGAUGCAGCUUAUGAAGUGCCUGAGAGAGGCCUUGCUUUCUUCUUCAAAGGUCCGCACUAUUGGAUCACACGAGGAUUCCAGAUGCAAGGUCCUCCCCGGACAAUUUAUGACUUCGGGCUGCCAAGGCGUGUGCAGCGAAUAGAUGCUGCAGUCUACCUCAGGAAGCCCCAGAAGACCCUCUUCUUUGUAGGAGACGAAUACUACAGCUAUGAUGAAAGAAAAAAGAAAAUGGAGAAAGACUAUCCAAAGAACACCGAAGAGGAGUUUUCAGGAGUGAGCGGCCACGUAGAUGCAGCUGUGGAGUUAAACGGCUACAUUUACUUCUUUUCAGGACCCAAAACGUUCAAGUAUGACACGGAGAAGGAAGACGUGGUUAGUGUGGUAAAAUCCAGCUCCUGGAUUGGUUGCUAA